CAGAGGCGACCGGGGAGCCGGCAGCCGGACCAAGUGGGGAGUGGCAGCACACGAGUUCGAACUCGGCUGAGCGCUGGGCAAGGCGUCGCAGAGCCGAGAUGAGCCAGUCUUUGGUUUGCCCCGAGACCGUGAGCAGGGUGAGUUCUGUGCUCCAUCGAAACAGCCGGCAGUUUGGGAAGAAGCAUCUUUUUGACCAGGACGAGGAGACAUGCUGGAACUCUGACCAGGGCCCCUCCCAGUGGGUGACACUCGAGUUUCCCCAGCGUGUUCACGUCAUGCAGCUGCAGGUGCAGUUCCAGGGCGGCUUCUCCUGUCGCCACAGCUACCUGGAAGGGUCACAGUCUGGGGACACACUCAACAAGAUUGUGGACUUCUACCCCGAGGACACAAACGCCCUUCAAACCUUCUCCAUCCCCACUGUGGAGGUGGACCGUCUGAAGUUGACCUUUGAGGACACCACCGACUUUUUCGGCCGUGUGGUCAUCUACCACCUGCGGGUGCUGGGUGAGAAAGCAGUGUAAGCGCUACCGGCGGCCACCUCCUCCAGGAAGCCCGCCCCGGGAGACACCCAGAAGCCCUUCAAGUUCACAGAUUUAUUGGUUCCUGUUGGGGAGGGCCUUUCCCACCACUGUCCAGGAGCUGCCUCAAGCCGGUUGUGGAGACUGUUUUUCCCUGAGUGCCUGGGUUCCCAACAGGCUGUCUUCACUCGGGGUCCGCAGGCCCCAGAGUACUCUGGAACAGUUUCAGGAUGUGGCUCUCCAUCACCUGUUGCACUGUGGGAGGAGGUGUGAGCGGGUGAGCUGACUACAAAGGAUGUUCAACCUCAGAUGUGAAAAGGAGGCCAUGCCGUGAGCAGGAGUGACGGGGGCCCAGGGUGGCUCAGUCCAGCCUGGAACCCUUCACAGCUGGGCAGGGCGGGGCAGGACUAUCUUGAGAAUAGGCUAUUUUAAGACCAGGCUGCCUCGCUCCCCUCCGCUAUCCUGCUCUUGCAAAGCAACACCAGACCUCAGCCAAUGACCACACAGCUGUAGAUCUCCUAGCCUCCAGAGCCAUAAAUCCAAAUACAACUUUUUUUAAAAUCAAAA